UAAACACGGUGCAAGUUGCCAUAAUGCGUUAGCUAAAGUUUGUUGAUGCCUGAUUAAAAGGAUUUUCAAGAAUAAUUCUGGUUGUUUCUUGACAUUGAAUAGGGCGAAAUUCUUAAUUAAAUAUAUAUUAUAAUUGUUUCAUAAUUCUACUACUUCAGGCUUAUUUACGUCUUGAUCCUAUGAAAACUGGAAAAACCAGUUUGGAUAAAAUGAAGAAAUUUUUAAAUCUUUUUGGUCAUCCGUAUGCUGUACGAGGUGCGAUGACCGAUGAUAAAAUUUGGGAAAAAUUUUGUGAUACAUUUCGUUAUUGUUUGGAUUAUCCACAGAUAACUUAUUCUGAAUUUUUAAACUUGUAUGAAGCUCUAAGUGUGACAGUUGAUAGUGAUGACGAUUUUAUACAUUUGAUAUGUAAUACAUGGAGUGUGUAG